AUGGCGUCUGCAGCAGUAGGCACGAAGAGGUCUUUCGCCGCCAUGAGCGAGGACAACCGUUCGCCCACCAGUUCGCUGUCGACAUCACACAAUGUGAACAUGUCAGGGGGCCUCUAUUCGCGCCAGCGAGUGAAAACGAACAUAGAGGAGUCGUUAACAUCCACGACCUCGAGCGCUCGUUCUACCCCACAACACACACCAGCACCUGCCUCACCACCCAACGAAAUUCGGCGCGUCUUCGAACCGGAUGCGUCGAUUGUGCUCAUUGGUAUGCGCGGCACUGGCAAGUCGACCCUGGCCGUUAUAGCGUCCAUGGCUUGUCGGCGACGUGUCGUAGAUAUCGAUGAUCUCUUCCAUGAAGCAACGGGUUUUUCGACCGCCAAAUAUCGUAAGCAAUUCGGUGCAGCUAAUCACAAUUUGCGACAAGAGGAGCUCCUGCGGACUGCCCUGCGUGCACAUGACAAGGGCGCGAUAAUAGUCUGCAAUGGAGGUUCAUUGGAAAGGAAUGGGCAAUUGCUAAUGCAGGAAUUUGCCGGUACACAUCCAGUCAUUCACAUCGUACGAGAUCUGCACAGUAUACACAAUUAUCUUGGAGGGGUUGAAAUCCGCAGACUGAGGGACAUGUUAGCAUUCAGUGCACCCAUCCUUCGUCGUUGCUCGAAUUACGAGUUCUGCAACGUUUCAGAACAUGCACCGAGUCGAUCGACCGCGCCAUCACAUCAACCUGUUGCGCCAACCUUCCUCACGCUGAAACGAGCGCAGCGCACUUUUCUCAAAUUUCUUUCCCUGAUCCUGACACGCGAUACGGCAGAUGGGCCGGUCGGCAACUCAAAUCCGCCUUUAGAACCGGGCUAUCCUUUGUCAGAUGUUGCAACCGAGCUGAGAAAAUACACCUGCGCUGUCCAGGUACCUUUGUCUGAUCUGCUGGCUGAGGACGUGGAUAUCCAAAGUCUAGAAUAUGGAUCUGAUGCCUUCGAGGUGGUGAUUGACCCCACAGAACUUGACCUUCACAGUCAACGACUACGAACGGAACGAGCAGAUGACAUCAGCAACUGCAUCUCGAAGAUACGCCGCAGUACAGUAGUACCUAUCCUCUACCAUGUACUACCUUCAGCAUCGAAAGACUACAGCCGCGGAUCAUACCUUGAACACGUACGCCAUGGUCUACGGAUGGCGCCUGAGUUCAUUUCUAUCGAUUUGUCUGUUGGCGCAGAGACCGUGGCUGAGCUCAUCGCAUCUCGAGGCCGAUCAAAAAUCAUUGGGCACUUACACGCCGACAAGAACUGGGAUCAUCGUUCUUGGGGAAACUACUACGAGACUGCGGUUCGGUUGGGCUGCGAUGUUGUGCGAUUCACACGGCCAGCGAAGUCGAUCGAUGAUGAUGCAUCCGUGCACCAUUUGAGGUCCAAGAUCCACGCAAGAAACAGUACUGUCCCUCUGAUAUGUCACAAUACAGGCCGAGCUGGACGUCGAUCAACAUGUUUCAACAAACACCUGACCUCGGUUUUACCAGAGUCUGUCCGAGAUAAGCCUGACUUCGCAGCGCGGUGUGAACACAAUCCCGAGACUUCCUGGCUCACGGCACGAGAAGUCACACAAGCCCUCUACUCAACGUUUACUUUCGAUCUGAUGAAGAUUCAUCUCAUCGGAGCGAGGACGCAGUACAGCCUUUCGCCAGCCAUGCACAACGCUGGGUAUGCUGCUUGCGGCAUGCCUCAUCAAUUCAGCUGCGUCCAAACAUCAACUCUGAAGAGUUUGCAAGAAUUCGUACAUGAUCCGAAUUUUGGAGGUUGUAUUGUCAUUCAGCCCUUCAAGAUCGAAGUCAUCUCGCUGGCAGACUCUCUCAGUCAGCACGCCCGAGCUAUUGGUGCCGUCAACACACUCAUACCUGUCCGACACCUCAACGGCGAUGGCAGUGUCCCUGGUGAUUUGGAACUCUUCCAGGAGCGCUGCCAAUCAGGUUCUGUACAAGCACUGCACGGAGACAAUACCGAGUGGAUCGGAAUCCGGUCAUGUAUCCGGAGAGGACUGUCGCCUGCGAACGCGGUGCGACCAACAACAUGCGCUUUAGUCGUAGGCGCAGGCGGCAUGGCCAGAAGUUCUGUAUACGCCCUUCUUCAAUUGGGUGUGAAGAAUAUUGUCGUGUUCAACAGAACAUUGGACAAGGCGGAAGAUCUGGUUGUUCACUUCACUCGACUCGUCUCAUCUUCAGCUGGAGCAAGCUUGGUGCCGUCGGCCUCUAUUCAAGGCUCUCGACCAAUGUUCCACACAAUGAAGUCUCGAGACGAUGCCUGGCCAGGAGGUUUCCGUCAACCAACGAUCAUACUCUCCUGCAUCCCUGCUGAUCCCAUUGAUGACAACCCAGCUCCACACUUCACUUUACCAGAGCAGUGGCUCAAGAGCCCAACGGGAGGCGUGGUGAUGGAGCUCGCCUACAGAACGCUCAACACGCCCUUGAUGAUUCAGAUUCGGGAAGAGCCUUCAAGACUAUGGACGUUCAUGGACGGACUGGAUUGGCUACCGGAGCAGGCAUUCGCACAGUUUGAACUGUUCACAGGGAAACGAGCGCCGCGUCGAAUCAUGCGAGAAGUAGUUUUGCAGGCUUGGAGGGAUGAGCACGGCAAUGCUGAUCCCGAGAUGGUGGAGAGGAGGAUGAAAGCUAUUGAUGACCAGGAACCUUGA